AUGAUUCAGCGCUCACGGGCAGUGUUUGAACCAUUCCCUCCGCACCUGGACAUUGAGGAGGAAGUCAGGACAACCAAAAAAUUUGAGUUUGCCAAGAAGAUUUCGUUUGAUUCAAUCGCUCAGUUUCCUCGGGAAGUCCUGGAGCUCUACAUCCUCACCCAUGUCGUGAAGCUGGGACUCCCACUUGUGAUUACGGGGUUUGACAAGCAUCUGGACAAGGAUCUGUUCUCAGAGAAAUGGCUACGACGGCACUAUGCCAGUCAAACAUAUGAUGCCAGGGAUUUGGGCAAGGCAGCCAACAUGCGUCUGACACUAGGUCAUUAUCUCAAAAACAUGUCGACCUUGACUGAACUUGUCAGCCCGACCACCUACAAUCGUCCAAACAUUCAACGAUUGUAUCUGAAAGAUAUUGACUGCCCAGAUGAAUGGCACAAGUCUUUGGAAGAAGUGAUUCCUUCGAGCUUCUUUUACCUGAACCAGUCCCCCUUGAAGGGACCCAGGUCGCCCGCCUCCCAGUUCCCUGAUCCCCCAAAAACUCCACAAGGGCAAUCUGUGGCCCGAUCUGGCGACCUCAUGAGCAGCCUUCCGGAGGCCAUGCGUGCGCAGAACCUGAUGUGCUACAUCGGGCAUGAGGGCACGUACACCCCAGCCCAUCAGGAAAUGUGUGCAAGUCUGGGUCAGAACCUAAUGGUGGAGGCGUCCGAUGGAUCCUUCGAACAUGGAAAGCCAACUCGGCCGGGCUCAUCCAUCUGGCUGAUGACUGGGACUCAGGAACGCCUUAUGGUCGCGGAAUACUGGACGUCCAUGCUUGGUCAUAAUCUGGAUCUUGAAAACCACUUUGCCCAACUCAAUGCAUGGAAAAGUGCGCCUUUCACUACGUAUGUGGUCGAGCAAAGACCCGGGGACCUGAUUCUCGUUCCUCCCUUGGCCGCCCACCAGGUCUGGAACCGUGGAACCAGGACCAUGAAGGUCGCAUGGAAUAGGAUCACCGUUGAGACGUUAGAGAUGGCCUUUGACGAGGCGCUCGCUAAUGCCCGUAUGAUUUGUCGGGAUGAGCAAUACAAAAACAAGGCCAUUGUCUACUACACGCUCGAUCGCUACUCUGACUUGUUGCGAAAGGCUUCCAAGUCGAGUCACCCAGAAGUCAGAAUGCUACAGGAGGAUUUUCACCGAUUGUUUAACAUUUACACUGACAUCCUGCUGUCGGAAACCUUCUCCAAGAACUCGCCCGCAGCGAAAGAAAUCGAAUUCGAGAAAUUUGAGAGCAACAUCACUUGCUCAUAUUGUCGCUGCAAUAUUUUCAACCGAUUCUUGACCUGUCCUUGGUGUGUGGGCGAAGGCAAUGAUACCUAUGACAUCUGUAUGGACUGCUAUGUGCUAGGACGGAGCUGCCAGUGCAUCUCAAAGCUCAAGUGGGUUGAGCAAUUCCCCUGGAAACAGCUCACUGGAAAGCAUGAGACCUGGCGGCAGCAGAUCCUUGCCUUCAAGCAAGAUGAUCGUGACCCCAAGCUCAAGGGUCCCCCCACUCUGCUGGUUGCCCGAUCCAAACUGGGCCGGAAAUCCUUGGCUGAAAUAUGCCAGGAACAAAUGCGCCUGCGGCCGUGGGUGGACUACAAGAAACCGAAAGAGAUAAAGGCAGCAACACCAAGCGACGACGAAGGUUCCGAUUCCGAGUCGCGGGCGCGCAAGCGAAGGAAAUCGAACGGGAACAAAGCCCCAAGCGGAAAAGGCCGAUGCCACAUGUGCAAGUCCUCGGAAUGCCUCUGGAAACUUGCUGCAUGUGAAAAGUGCAACCUUUAUUACUGUUAUGGGAGCUUAUUCCGAGCAUUCGAUAUGCUCCCCCAGGACGCAAUGCAGAAACCUCAUUGGCUCUGCCCGAAAUGCCGGAAAAUUUGCAACUGCUCGAGCUGCCGGCAGGAUGACAACAUGAAGCCACAUCAACCGUUCAACAUUCUGUUAGGACAUGAUACGCGCAAGAUUGCAGAUCCGCGCAGUGUUGAGUCUUUGGUGAACAUGCGGUUGUCGAACCUGGCGCUCCUCAAAACAUUUGGCGACGACAAUGCGGACCGCUUGGAGCGCCUGCGGUGUGACGAGGAGAAGCGUCGGCAGCAGCAGCAGCAGCAGCUGGCAGAUAACGACAUUCAUGUAGGUCUCGACUCGCCGCACUCAGAGCCAGUCAUCGACAAUCCAGUCGUGGAUGAUAGCCAACUGCCUGGUAUCCCUAUCGACCCUGCAUUGGAACUUGAUGGAUCUUUUAUGAACUUUGGUUGA